UCAUCAAAGGUUAGUGAUUAAUUUUAUCUCUAUUUCUGCUUUUUGUGACUCCUCUCUUUGGCUGGAAAAUGACUGUGUUUUUCUGUGAUUAGGCACUGACCUAACAUAAUCGCAUGGUAUGCUGUCGUCGUAAAGCCUUUUUGAAAUCGGACACUGGGGUGGGAUUAACAACAAGUUUAUCUUUAAAAUGGUGUAUAAUACUUGUAUGUUUGAAGAAUUUUAAUUAUGAGAUUUCUGUUGUUUGAAUUUGGCGCCCUGCACUUUCACUGGCUGUUGUCAAACAAUCCCGUUAACGGGAUUUCUGCCGUAAGAAGUUAAAGAAAAAAGAGUUCAGAGUCUGGUUCUUCUGGAUUUUUUCCUAAUUUCCUGCAUUUCUAUAGAGUUUUUCCUAACAACUGUGCCUCUACAUCUGCAUUGCUCGCUCUCUGGGGUUUUAGGCUCGGUUUCUGUAUAAGCACUUUGUGACAACUGUUGUUGUAAAAAGGUCUCUAUAAAUAUAUGUGAUUGAUUGAUUGAUAAUGUGUGCCCUGGAGCCCACAGUGACAGGAAACACAACUUCGUCACACAAAAAGAAGCCAGUCUGACACACAAAUGAACUUAAUCCUUAUCAAGAGUAAUCAAAUAUUAUAACAUUAUAUUAUACGUUUUAUUUCCAGAUAGUACAUAUGGUAUAGCAUGGUAUAGUAUUGGGGAUCUAAAAAAUAGAAAAUGAAACAAUAGCAUUCCCUAGACAUUUCCAGAUAGAAAUUACGUCUAAAAUAAACUGAGGAGGAGACAAUCAGCAUUGACUUCAGGCUUCGCUUGUAAUACCUAAAAGUUUAUAUUCUUACUCUUUACAUGUCUUUACGUGAUAGGGAUAUCUAAUCCAGAUAUUUUCCAUUGACCGUUCAAUUUAAUUCAGAUUUACAUGAACUUAAUGACAAUACUUAUGUUGUUGCAGGUGAUUGUAUGGAGCAGGAAACAAUAACUCCAGCGAAGCCUGAAGUCAAUGCUCUCCAAGGAACAGACAUCACUCUCUCCUGCAACUACAAGGGCAACAUUAUCAAUCUACAAUGGUACCGUCAAUAUCCCGGAUCCAGACCAGAAUGUCUACUUUUGAUCCAACAAAGCAGCAUGUAUGUACAGAAUACAUCCAUUACGACUCCACGACACACUGGUAGACUGAAAGAAGAGAAGACCCGUGUUGACUUGAUGAGCAAUUUAAUAAUAUCUGUCAAACUGAAUGAAGAGAAAAACCAUUUGGAUCUGGAGAUCUCCUCUGGUGUAGUGACAGACUCUGCUCUGUACUACUGUGCUGUGAGGCCCACAGUGACAGGAAACCUACACACACUGUACAAAACCUCAGCAGGGACCACAUCAGCAGGAAUUUAUCCAGUAUCUUUAUUAAACUUGUGUGUAACCCUUACUUUGUUUUUAGACAUCAAAGCACUAAUGAAUGAUAAUGCAGAGGAGAAGACUCAGGUCAUUCAGCCACCAGGAGAUGUGAUCGCUACUGAGGGAGAACAGGUCAUACUGGACUGUCAAUUUGAUGCAGAUGAUACUAGAAAUCUCAACCUGUUCUGGUACACGCAUGAAGUAAAUGGCUUCCCAAAGUUCAUGCUGGGACGUUUUUCUUUUGGAAGUAAAAAUGCCACUGAGUUCAAGGAUAGAUUUAAUGCCCAUCUCGAUGCAGACUCCAAGUCAGUCCCCUUGAUGAUCCAGAGGUUGCAGCUGUCUGACUCUGCUGUGUACUACUGUGCUCUGAGGCCCACUGUGAAAACAGGAUAUACAGCCUCAUUACAAAAACUAUUUGACAGUGUGAUAAAAGACUCUUAG